CGGCACGUUGGGUUGUACGAGGUUAAUAUUUCGUCAUCCUGGGUGCGUUUAGGCAAAAACUCACGAGUAUCAUGGCAACAUUCGGCUUUCCAGCUACGGUGAGACUCGGGAGAAGGGCAAUAGAGAAUUUCUAUCAACUUGGCAAAAUCGCAAGCCUAAGGCCAGCAUUGCUCGGUUCCACAGCAUUCCAAAGGAAACAGUCUUACAGUAUGGCAACAGAGGAGAGAAAGGCGGAGGGUGGAAGUGGAAACGCAGCGCAAGCUGCAGCCGAAGUAGGUACAGAAAUGUCAGAAAAUGAGAAGAAGUUGAAGUUUGAGUUGGAAGCAUUGAAUAAAGACCUCACCGAGUAUAAGGACAGGUCGAUUGAGUUUGAAAAUAAAUACAAAAGGGCAUUAGCCGAUGGUGAGAAUCUGAGAGUGAGGUUGACGAAACAAAUUCACGACGCUAAGCAGUUUGGUAUACAAGAAUUCUGCAAGGACCUACUCGAGGUUGCUGACAUUCUAAACAAAGCAACAGAAAGUGUGCCAAAGGAUGAAAUCAGCGAAAGAAAUCCCCACCUGAAAAGCCUCUAUGAAGGAUUAUCGAUGACUGAAGCACAACUACAGAAGGUUUUCUCGAAACAUGGACUAGUGUCUUUGAAUCCACUCAAUGAGAAAUUCGACCCAAAUCAACACGAGGCGUUAUUUCAACAGGAAGUUGAAGGUAAGGCGCCAGGAACCAUUGUCGUGGUAUCAAAAGUUGGGUACAAAUUACACGAGCGUAUUGUACGGCCGGCAUUAGUUGGAGUAGCUAAAGCGUAGAACUAUGCCACACGAUAUGUUAAAGUUUAAAGACAUCCAUCUUUGCACAUCAGCAAAAGUUAUAAAUUACACUGAACACUUCAUAUGAUACACAAAAAUCACUACUUUACUGCAGUUAUAUUACAGUACGUAAUACGCGACUGAACUGUCGCUUCAAGUAAAGUAUUGCGCAGACUAUUGUUAUUAUCAUUAUUAACAACUAGUCAUGAGUUGAUGAAUAUUCUUCAUUUAAUAAUUUAUGUGGUUUAUAUUUGUUAAAAAAAGAAGGAAAGAAUAAUAAAAAAAAAAAAGAAGAAAUAAAAAUUCCGACGUACGUGCGAGAUAUUUUAUAACUUUUCGACCGUAGGCGCUACGAAGUUGAAGUUUACCUUGCCUAGAUAUUCCUUUUAAUUUUAGUACGUAUGUAGUUUCAAGUGAGUUGAAUACGUUAUGAUUUUAUUUUUUUUUGUCUCAAGAGUGUUUUGUAUUAGGUCUAGUCGCUUAGAACGAAGCUCUAAAGCUGCAUAGAAAUAAUUUUCUUGUUCUAUCGAAUUUGUCUAAUAAAAAUUCUCUUCUUAUCAUCUUUGUUUCCUAAUUACUGUCAGGAAUGAAUUGGAAAUGUUCAACUACUGUAAAAUAUUCUGUGUACUGCAUUCAAUAGAGACGAGUGAUUAGUGAUGUAUAA